AUGCAUGCUUUUGACAGCUUCAUGAAAGAAACACAGAGGUACAACGUCUUCAACAUCGACACUCCUCACGCCCACCUCUUCCAAGACGAAGUCUACUACCCAAAACCUUCGGACUUCGACUCGCUGCGCUCUGCCUGCAUGCGCAGCUCUUCCGAACCCCAGGUCCGUCGCCAGAGCCCCGUCACCGGCACUGUGCUAGGAGGCACGUCCAGGGCCGGGUUCUUGGUGAAGAAGCCAUCAGGCUUCAGCAUUACGCUGAUCCUCUCGGACGGCAUUACAGGGAAGUCCUCGGGCCUCGGGUUGUGCGUCAGCCCAAAUGUGUGCCAGAGCACAAUGUCCGUGUCCUCCACAUUGUCCCCCCAGGACGCCCACUCGGAGAGGCCCGUAUACUUGCGGCUCUGGUUUGUGAACUCGCCGACCGUGCAGCUUAUAUGCGACGGGCUUGCGCAACACGUCGUUGAUCUUGCCGUCGUUGCGGAUCUUGAAGAUACGGUUCUUCUCGACGCUGAGGUCGAGUCUUGUCUAUUCAAAACAAAAAGUACAUCAUGA